CAUACCCGACCCGAUUUGUCAUUGUUGUCCCUCUUCUUCUCCAUCUUACCCUCUCCUCCGAAUUUCCCUUCUCUCCUCUCCUCCUCGCCGGCGCCGGAAAUCACCACCGCCGGUUAGAAUUUUUCUUCUAAUUCUUCGUCAUCUUUUCGUAUCACGGGAGGCGUUGCACGGAUUGUUAACCAUGGAUACCGAUCCUCGACAAUUAGACCACAUCCAGGUAGUCCAUGACAGUGACAUUCACAACAUUGUUCUAUCAUAUCUUGUGCAUAAUUGCUUCAAUGAGACCGCGGACUCGCUCGUUUCUUCUACUGGAUUAAAGCAACCUGAAAAUUAUCUUGAGGGUAUGGACAGGAGAAAACGAAUAAUAAAGUUUACACUGGAAGGUAAGGCAUUGAAGGCUGUUGAACUUACUGAGCACUUAGCAGAAGGCAUGCUUGAAAAAAACAAGGAACUGCACUUUGAUCUUUUGAGCCUUCAUUUUGUCGAGCUACUCUGUGCUAGAAACUGCACAGAAGCCCUUCAAUUCGCUCGGACAAGAUUGGCUCCUUUCGGGAAGGACCAAAAAUAUGUUGAAAAGCUCGAAGAUGUCAUGGCCUUACUGGCUUAUGAAGACCCGGAAAAGUCCCCGAUGUUUCACCUUCUCAGCUUUGAGCACAGACAGCGUGUUGCUGACAAUCUGAACCGUGCAAUUCUCGAGCAUGCGAAUCUUCCAAGCUACACACCAAUGGAAAGGGUAAUACAACAAGUGACAGUUGUGAGGCAGUACUUGAAGCAAGAGAGCGGAAAAGACGGGUUUCCGCCCUUUUCCUUGAAGGAUUUCCUCCAAAGCUGAAAACACAGAGGCUGCAACGGUUGGCUAUAGAUCUCAUCAGUUCAUCUCCAUUGAAAAUCCGCAAAAAAGAAGCUCAGAAGUUGGUCCCCUUUUGGAAAAAGGUUCGUUUGGGGACUUGAUCCCUCUACUUGAAUUGGUUUAUGCUUUCACGAAUACGUUUUGUAAAUUUUGCUCUUUUGUUAUUUUUAUGUGUAAUUCAAGAAACUCGAGCUUCUUUUGUGGCACCAUGAAAAGGUUUCUUUAGUAUUUUUUACUUGUCGGAUUCAUACGUAUGAUUAUGUGAACAUAUGACUUCUUGUUUUGUC